ACUCCCCUGACGUGCACUCCAACGCCAACUCACCUCUCUCUGGUAUCCUUUUCUUCUACACUUCUAAUUUGAACUGACCCAAAUGAUCCUAGUGGUACAUUAAAUGGCCUGAUGCAAGCGUAUUUUGGCACCCUCCCCUGUUUAAAGUCUUCCAUAAAAUUCCAUGAAGCAAGAACCAGAAAAAGGAAACCGGAUAUCUCGGGGGUCCAAAUCUAGAAAGCAAGGUUCCUCUCCUUUCUUCAUUCAAGGAAGAAUUCUCUCCUUCCGGCCAGCACAUCAACUCUCUCUCUCUAUCUCAAUGAGAAUAUCGGGGUCGUAAUUAAUGUUCAGGCAGUGGAUUAGUGCAUAAGAGACAGGAAAGGAGGUUUUGGAGGUGUUGCGGAUUCUUGCAAGCUGAGAUGGCUCUCAAGAAGGUGGUGGUGGUGUUAUCCAUGUUCGUCAUUAUUUUGGUUUCCAGCGGGGAAGCAACAAGUGUAAGAGGAGACGUAACAUAUGAUGGAAGAGCUUUGAUCAUAAAUGGAACUAGACGGAUGCUCUUCUCUGGUUCCAUUCAUUACCCUCGCAGCACUCCUGAGAUGUGGCCAUCCCUCAUAGCUAAAGCCAAGAAAGGUGGACUUGAUGUCAUACAGACCUAUGUGUUUUGGAACGCUCACGAGCCAAUCAGAGGACAGUUUAAUUUUGAAGGGAGGUACAACCUUGUGAGAUUCAUUAAAGAAAUUCAAGCUCAAGGCCUCUAUGUGAGCCUUAGGAUGGGUCCCUUCAUUGAGUCCGAAUGGAAAUAUGGAGGCUUCCCAUUUUGGUUGCAUGAUGUUCCAGGAAUUGUUUUUCGGUCUGACAAUGAACCAUUCAAGUUCUACAUGAAAAGUUUUGUGGAAAAGAUAGUGAAUAUGAUGAAGUUGGAGAAAUUGUAUUACCCUCAAGGAGGUCCGAUCAUAAUUUCUCAGAUUGAGAAUGAGUACCAAAUGGUGGAGCCUGCAUUUCAUGAGGCAGGACCUCCUUAUGUUCGUUGGGCAGCGGCUAUGGCUGUGAGUUUACAAACUGGGGUCCCAUGGAUGAUGUGCAAGCAAGAUGAUGCUCCUGAUCCAGUGAUAAAUACCUGCAAUGGAUUGAAAUGUGGAGAGACAUUUGCAGGGCCAAAUUCACCUACAAAGCCAUCACUUUGGACAGAAAAUUGGACCGCUAGAUACCCAGUAUAUGGGAAGGAACCAUCGAUGAGGCGUGUUGAAGAUCUUGCAUUUUCCGUCGCACUGUUCAUUGCAAGAAAGAACGGAAGCUUUGUGAACUACUACAUGUACCAUGGAGGAACGAACUUUGGGAAGUCCCCCUCCUCAUAUGUAACAACAAGCUAUUACGAUCGAGCUCCUCUGGAUGAAUAUGGCUUGAUCUGGCUACCUACAUGGGGUCAUCUUAGAGAACUGCAUGCUGUAAUUAAGCUAUCCUCAGAGCCACUACUUUGGGGAACCUAUACUAAUGUUUCAUUGGGUCAACUACAGGAGGCACAUGUUUUUCAAACAAAUUCAGGAAAGUGCGCAGCAUUUCUUGUAAACUUUGACGAGCAUCUUAAUGCAACUGUGUGCUUUCAUAAUGCAACAUAUGAAUUGCCUUCCAAGUCCAUAAGUAUUCUGCCAGACUGCAAAAGCGUAGCCUUCAAUACUGCAAAGGUUAGUGCUCAAUAUGGAAAUAGAUCAGCAAGAGCAGUUCAGAGUUUCGACAAUGCUAAGAAAUGGAUGGCAUUCCUAGAUGGAGUACCUAACGUUCACGAUGCUUCAUUCAUUACAAAAGAACUGUUGGAACAAAUGUCCACAACAAAAGAUGUGACGGAUUAUCUUUGGUAUACUUUCAGCUACAACUACAAAUCCAGUGAUGGUCAGCAAGCACUCCAUGUUGAUUCACGAGCUCAUGUUUUACAUGCUUUUGUAAAUGAUGAGUUUGUGGGAAGUGUGCAUGGGAGUUCUGAUGGACCUCGAAUUAUGACUUUUGAGAAAGACAUUUCAUUAAGGGAAGGUCAGAACAACCUCUCAUUGUUGAGCGUCAUGGUUGGAUUACCAGAUUCUGGGGCAUAUCUUGAGAAAAGGUUUGCUGGGCUUCGUAGAGUGAGCAUCCACUGCAAUGGAAGCAGACCUCAAAAUCUCACUAAUUGGCUGUGGGGAUACCAGAUUGGUUUAUUAGGGGAAAAGCUAGAGAUAUACACCCAAAAAGGAUUACCAAAGGUGGAUUGGAAAACAGUUGGGAGCUCUAUAUGUAAACCUCUCACGUGGUACAAGACAACUUUCCAUGUUCCAUUGGGUACCAACCCGGUGGCACUAGACCUUUCGAGUAUGGGUAAAGGCGAGGUGUGGAUCAAUGGAGAAAGCAUUGGCCGUUAUUGGGUCUCAUUCACUAGUCCCAAUGGACAGCCAUCUCAAACUCUGUAUCAUGUUCCUCGGUCCUUUCUGAAACCUUUUGGGAACCUCCUGGUUCUUUUUGAAGAAUUGGGUGGGGACCCUCUUGGUAUCACAGUGAACACCAUCUCAGUUACUCAUAUUUGCAGUAAUGUGGCUGAGUCCUUUUCCCCAUCCCUAUUUUCAAAAAGAAAACAACCAAGUGUUCAGCUCCAGUGUCAUGAAGGUCAAGCCAUAUACUCCAUAAAGUUUGCAAGCUAUGGAAACCCUAUUGGAGAUUGUGAAAACUAUGCUUUAGGAACCUGUCAUUCAGUCUUAUCCAAAGCUGUUAUGGAGAAGGCCUGUGUGGGUAAAAGGAGAUGCUCAAUCCCAAUAUCAGCCACAAAAUUUGGAGGAGACCCAUGCCCAGGCAUUGCAAAAUCUCUAUUAGUUGUGGCUGAUUGUGUUUGAUCUCUAGCAAUUCACAUACAUGCCACUUGAACCAAUGAUUAUUCAUUUUGAUAUUCAAUAAUUUAUCAACACAAAUUCUUGGAAACCAACAUGACAGCAAAAUCAUAUCAGCCCUCAUUAGAAAUCAGAGAUUUUUUUUUGAGCAAAAUUAGAGAGAAGUAAUUGUUGAGUGAUGAAUGUAAUUGACUCAUGAAAUAAACAAGUCUUUCAUUGCUUAAUGAUUUACUAAUCCAAGUGAAAAGGUGAUCCAUCCUUUCUAUAUGACUUAAAAUGAAGAACAGUUUAUCCUUUUUCUUGAGAAAGGAGAAUAGGAUAUCCAAUUUGCAUAAAGAAAGAAGUCAAGAACAAUUUCUUUACUGUUAUAUGGAAGAGUAUGGUACCGGAACUUCUUGAUAGCAUCUACUUCUUAGUCAGAAAAUGGAUUAGAUUAUCUUCUGAAGAAA